ACUGUAAUGCUUUUUUCUCCCUCAGUAAUAUUUCAUCUUCCCAUUUAUCAAGCAAAAUUAUCAUUUGACCUAAAUCAUUCUUCCCUUGAUCUGAUUCCACCAUCACUCAAUAGCCUAGCCUUUUUACAAGGUUCUUCACGAAUCCCCACUUUAAAGCCCUAUUUUCCUUACGGUGAAAAAUGGACACGGAGGGCUUAUCAGGAAUCUGUGCUAGUCUCGGCAUCCUCGAAGAAGACCAGACAACGAAUCGGAUGGUAUACACAAAGGGGGAGCACUGUCCAGAUGCUUUGAAGGAUUUACUGCGAUUUUUAAGACGGGACGAUCCGCAAACUCGAGAAGUAUUUAAGCAAGUUUGUAGAUGGAAUAUCGUUUCAAAAAACUUGAUUCCAAUCAUUGAACAUUGCCAACGUGAUCGCAAUUUGGUGUUAAAUUCCGUGAAAGUUUUAGUUUUUCUGUCAAUGCCUAUCGAGCCUUCUUCUAGUGAUAUCCCUCAACAGAUAGAGUAUCUUUGGAAUUUGAAGUUUUCCGUCACGAGCAGUGAUGCUGUUGCUGUUAUAGUUUCCCUUCUCGAAGGUCCACUUGAAAAUUUGGAAUGUGAAUUGUUCUCCGAGGAUGAUUGGAAAUUGCUCCAGCUGGUGUUAACCUUCUUUCGUAACAUUCUUGCCAUUCAAGAUAUUUCAUCUUUACAAAAGGCUGGCCAAUUUUUAUCAUUGAGAGACAGAUUUCUUGAACUUUUAUUCCGUGAGAAUGUGAUGGACUUGGUUAUUGUUAUAACUCAGCAGAUUGGUGGUUCUCGGGGCUAUCUUCGUCAGGAUAACUUGCUUAUGUUAGAAAUUUUUCAUUACAUAUUUAUGGGUCAAGAACCAGAGUUGCUUGUCAAAGCUCAUUUGAUGGGAUCUGAGGAGGGUGGAGAUGCCAAGGCUUGCAUUGAUGAUCUUAAGUCUAUCAUGGAAGAGGAAGCAAAGAAAAGAAGGGUUUCAAGACUCCAGCGUGCCAAUCGUCAUUCACAGUUUAGUGGAACAUUUACACGUCUCACUAUGGGUGGUUCUACAGUAGUGCACAAUGGAAACCCUAAUAAUAUUUCGCAAAAUGCUCUGCUUAAAUCUCAUAAUAGCCAUGGGAUUUCAACUCAAAAAAACAUGCGGGGGAAUGGAGAUCUACCUUCAAUGAGGAAAAAGGUUCUGGCAUUGCUUCAUGAUUUUGUGAACCAGUUUCUUUCUGGAGGCUACAAUGUAUUGAUGAAAUCCGUUCGUGAGGAUAUUGAGAAGGAACAUCACACAGUUCAGAAGGGCGACAUAAUUAUUUUCUUCAAGGUUACUGAGUUCGUUACUUCUUUUCAGUAUCACAAGUGUUUGACCUCAAAGCCAAGUGCCAGUAAUGCUACUUCUGAAGCUUCUGCUGAAAAAUGUGCUGAUAGCACAUUUUUCCAAGGGGACAUAUGUGGACCAAUUGCGGCAUCAAUGAAUGAAUCAAUGUUCCAACUUGUGAUUUCAAGAUGGCAGAUAGCAUUUGAAGGCUUGAAGGAAACUAAUGAUUACAAGUUUCUAUCUGCAGCUAGUUCUCUUUUGAAAAAUAUGAUUCGUAUGUGUGAUUUAGUGCUUGAUUUAUUUCCAGAAGAUUCUAAGGAGCCUCAGACAGCUCGCAUCCUUCUUUACAAGCUAUUUUAUGAUCAGACGGAGAAAGGAAUGACCCAACUCAUUCUGAAUCAAAUAAAAAUGUUCAACUUUCACAAGCAACCCAAAAGUGAUCUUACAGAUUUGGUAGAAACGAUGCAUGCAAUUAUGCAGCUCAUGGAGAAUCUUCAAGCACGUGGAUCAUUAAGGGUUUCUAGAAAAUCAAGGAAGGGAAAGAAGAAGAAAGCAGUGAGUGACAAUGUUACCAAAAGUGAACAGUUUGAAGACCAUGCUGCUGCAACUUAUGUGGAUGGUUCCUCAGUAUGUGAACGACCAGCAGAUCAUGUGAGAGAACAAGAAAUCCCAGUGAAGGAGACGUCUGAUCUGAAAGAAGAUAUUAAUAUUUCUCUCUUGGUUGACGAACUAAGAACCUAUGAGACUAAAAUGGGAAGUCCUCGAGAUAUGCCACAGGUUGAAAAUAAAACACCUGGUCACGUUGAUGAUAAUCUUUGUUGCAGCACUGAUGAUUGUUCUGGCGAUGAACAAGCUGUCACUGUUAAUGAAGUUGAUUUUGACGUUUCUUCUCUCAUUUCAGCCUUUGCAAACAGCAGCUUUAUUCAAAAUUUAUGCUGGUUGCUUAAAUUUUAUAGGAGCAAUUCCAUUAAUACAAAUCAAUACAUUAUAGGCUUUUUACGGAAGAUAACUGAUGACCUUGAGCUUGCUCCAAUGCUUUAUCAGUUGUCAUUCCUUACAACAUUCUAUGACAUACUAGAAGAGCAAAAGUUGUCUCCAAGUGAGGAAUAUGCAGAUAUUGUUGGCUUUCUUACUAGUUUGGUCAGGAAAAUGAUGAAGAAAAUGAAGCACCAGCCCCUUCUUUUUAUUGAAAUUCUUUUUUGGAAGACACGUAAAGAAUGCCAUUACAUUAAUGCUGAAUAUUUAUUGCAUGAACUGGGCCAUUGGAGGAAAGGAACCGGAAAUGAAGAUAGUGUUCCUGGAAUUGCAGAAGUUGGGUCCUCAAUGGCAGGUGAAUGGGUUCGAAGAAGCAUAGCAGAUGCACUGGGUGAAGAUGAAGCUGAUGUUGAAAUCUCUCAUGACAUAGGAUCAGAAAAACUGCAUAUUGGUGUAUUUGGUUGGUGCAGUGUGGAAAACUCCUUGGAAAAUGAAUCUGGAAAGAUUCGCGAAAGAAAGAGAAGGUUUGUUUUCAAUGAUGACAUGGAGGCGAAACUCAAGGAAAUCUAUGAGAACUUCAAAGACCAUCCGAACUGUAUCCGUCUUAUUGCAGAAUCCCUAGACCCUUCUGGUGGAAUUUUGCCUGCUCAAGUUUCGAACAAGCUUAAACAGUUAGGACUUAAAGUUGCACCAAGAAAAAGGAUACGGAAUGAUGAUAGACUUUUCAUUGAUGAUUCUGAUCAACAAGGGGAUGGAACCACUCUUAAUGAUUCAAAUAAUUUAGAAGAAAGUUCACAAAGGCAACAACUAAGCACCAGAAAAAGAGUCUGUGCCUUCGGCAAGGAUCAGGCAAUGAUUAAAGAUCUAUUUGAGCAAUUUAAAAAUCAUAGGAGGUGUAGUUACAUGAUUGCAAAUGCACUGGAUGCCGAUAAUACGUUUACUGCUGCCCAAAUUUCUCGCAAACUCAAGCAACUUGGUUUAUACGUUCCUAAGAAGAAAAAGUCUGAAGAUAACAUGCUGUUGAGGGAUGAGGAACCAAAUGAAACACAUGACUCCGACAAUGAGACAUUGAUAUCCUUUAGGAACAGAAAAAUGGAUAAUGGAUUGUUCAACCCAGAGUCUCCAGGACACGACGGCGAAAGAAAAAUAUCAGAUGACACUGAUGAUGAAACCCUAAGUUCUGUUCUCAGGAAAACUAGAAAGCUCCCUUCAAAGUCAAAGGAUGAGAAGCAUGCAGCAGUAAUCACCGAGAGGAAUGACAAAAUCUCUGGAGCUCAAGUCGAAAAUGACGAGACCGAAAGGGAUGGAAGCAGCCGUACACUGAGAUGGAUGUUACCAUCCACCAUGAUAGCAAGGAGGGCACUUCAGAAAGCAGCAAAGCUAUCACAUGUUUUGCCGGAGACCGGUGAGGUUGAAACUGUGCUGGAGCAAGUGGAAGACGAGUUGGCCGAUUCAGGAGAUGAUGCAGUGGUCGAUUCAUUUGUGGAAAGCUCAAUCAACAGAAGAAAACGGAGGAUGGUGAUUGAUCCUGAAGAUGAUGAUUAGAUCAGGAGCACAUUCAGGUUUCUCUCAUUCUCUGUUGCCGGUAACAUCUCAACAUCUACCGCUGCUCUGGAAAUCGUAGGAUGAGUUUAAGAUACUCAAAUAAGCAGGUACUGGUAGAGAGCUGAUGUAUAGAAUUAAUUGUUCUUUUUUGAAGCCUU